AUGGAUGAAGAACUGCUCGAAUUACAGAGGCAAUUCGAGUUCGCUCAGCAAGCCAAAUCGAGCAUACGUUUAUCAGAACGGAAUGUCGUCGAAUUGGUUCAAAAACUCCAACAACUGCAAAUUAUCGACUUCGAUCUUCUCCACACCGUCUCCGGCAAAGAAUACAUCACUCCUGAACAAUUGAGGAAUGAGAUGGUGGUUGAAAUAGAGAAAUUAGGGCGUGUGUCGGUCAUUGAUUUGGCUGACAGAACUUACGUAGAUUUAUACCAUGUAGAAAAACAAGCUCAACACAUAGUUUCCAAUGACUCAUCGCUUGUACUAAUUAACGGUGAAAUUAUCUCCAAUUCAUACUGGGACACCAUGGCCGAAGAAAUUAACGAAAGACUCCAAGAAUGCAGUCAAAUUGCUCUAGCCGAAAUUGCCGCACAGUUUCAAGUGGGCUCAGAAUUACUCGUUUCCGUACUAGAACCUCGACUCGGAACUCUGGUAAAGGGUAGGCUUGAAGGGGGGCAACUGUAUACGCCUGCAUAUGUUGCACGCGUUAGUGCGAUGGUUUGUGGUGCUGCCAGGGGAAUCACUGUUCCUAUGAAUUUGUCCGCAUUGUGGAGCUCAUUGCAGGUUUUAUUGCAAGAAAUGGAUGGAGCUAGUGGCGUAGCUGUUGAAAAUUCCUUUCUUCAGUCAUUGUUUAAUGGGAUGGUGAAGGAAGGCGAGAUUCUGGGGUCACUUAGGGCCGGGGUUCACUGGUCACCCACUGUCUUUGCCAUUGCUCAAAAGGAGUGCAUAGAUUCUUUAAUUUCGCAGAAUUCUUUUAUUAGCUAUGAAGCUCUGCACAAACUUGGAAUUUCACAGCCCAUCCAGUUUCUGCAGUCCAGGUACCCUGAAGGAAUACCUUUGGUUACCAUAUUUGUCCACCCAUCGAUGAUUGAUAUGUUAGAUGCUGCUGUGGAGGAUGCCAUAGAACGUGGGAGCUGGAUUCAUUCACUUUCAGUUUUACCAGCAUCCUUUGGUUCCCAAGAUGCAUCUAAGCUUCUCUCACUUUGUUCAUCUGUUCAGGUUGCCGUGAAGUCUAACAAAGCACUCAUCUUGGGAGAGUUGUAUCUUUUUAGCAAUGAAUUUGUCAAGGAUCUGUUUGAUCGCACGGAGAAAGAGAUGCAAACCUUUGGUCCAUCUGGGUUUUCUAUCUCUGGAGUAAGCGAUGAUAUGCAUGCAGUCAAAGACACCAAAGUUGAACACGACACAAGCAGCAAUCCAGCUGAGUCAAAUGAAACAGGUAAUGAGAGUGGUACUACUAAAAAAGCGUCAGAUAAAGGAUUGAAGAAGAGGAAGGGAAAAUCCACAGGGAAUACCAAGGCCGGGGCAGCUGAAAGUGGUCCAGAUGACCAAGAACCUAUUCCUGCUAAAACUAAGAAAAACCAGCGAAGAGGAAAGGUGACAUCUUCCUUGCAAGUUUCAGAUUCAAAGUCUGGUUCUAGAAAAGAUAUGGACAAGAUGAAAGAGGAUAGCAAUAGUAUUCUUUCAGAAGAAUGGUUAACUCAAAAGAUCAUGGCGCUAGUCCCUGACUUUGAAGAACAAGGUAUAGAUGAUGUCGAGACAAUUCUUGUUCCUUUAGCACAUCAUUUGAGACCAAUGCUUCUCAAUUCAUGGAAAGAAAGAAGUAAGGUUGCAUUCACAGAAAAUGCACAGAGAAUGAAACGUUUACUAGAUAAUUUGCAACAGAGACUUGACGAGCCUUUCCUGAAUAUGCAGUUAUAUGAAAAAGCACUAGAUUUGUUUGAAGAUGACCAAUCAACUUCGGUGCUUUUACACCGACAUUUGUUAAGAACCACAGCUACGUCUAUGGUGGACACUCUCUUAAUGAACUUGGACAAGCAAAACAAGUUGAAAAAUGGAAUUCAAGUUGAAGAAUCUCAAAAUCCAGAAAAUGUAGCACUAAGUUCUGGGGAAAGAAUUGCUCUGGCUAAGAGUUUUACAGGACCUCUUUCAGUUAAGGCUGUUGCAGUAGUUGAAGCCUUGGAAGGGAAGCGGGUGGAAACAUUUAUGACUGCACUAAGAGCAAUGGUGGAGGAGAGCGGCUUAUCUUUCAAAAAGCUUGAUAAGAAAUUAGAGAGAACUCUUCUGCAUUCAUAUCGCAAGGAUUUAACAUCUCAAGUUUCUGCUGACACUGAUCCAGUUUCACUUCUGCCAAAAGUUGUUUCUCUACUCUAUAUACAGGUUCAUGGUAAAGCCCUUCAAGCUCCAGGAAGGGCCAUUUCAGUUGCCGUCUCUCGAUUGAAGGAUAAACUAGAUGAUUCCGCCUACAAGAUCUUAGUGGAUUACCAUGGUGCAACAGUGACCCUUUUAGCACUAAUAUCUGCUGCAACUGGUGAUGAAGAAGACUGUACAUCUGACAGAAUUUUGAGCAAAAGGGAGAUCCUGGAGAGUUUAAUGCCGGCACUGAAAGGCUUGGUCUUGAGCACUUCACAGUCUUGACUUGCCAUACAUAUUUUUCCCAGCGAUCUAAUUUGAUGAGUCGCAAGUAGCUACAAUUAGCAGGCUAAAUACAUAUCCCUUAUAUUUGCCUCUUUUACCUUCGGCUUAAAGCAUGAGCGAGAGAGAGAGAGAGAGAGAGAGAGAGAGAGAGAGAGAGAGAGAGAGAGAGAUAAUAUACUUGAUGGGGGAGGCGUUGGAAUUGGAUAAAUCUUAUAGAUUUAUAGUUGGCAUUAUUUAGACUUUAUGUAGUGGUCGUUUUUCUUCCCAAUUCCGUUCUUCUCUUCUCAUCAUUAUUUGGAUAAAUACUGCAGUGUAAAAUAAAAAUUACAGUUGCAAUGAAAUUAUGCUUGAACUCAAAAGAGUUGCUAAUUU